GGGGACAGUGACCGGGAGGAGCGGGGCUCAGAAGAGCCGAGCACAGCCCUGCACGGCAGAGCCGCGGCGGAGCGCGGAGUGGCGGCAGCAGCACCGCCGGGCAGCAGGCGGGGCGGCGGCAGUGCCGACCUUAAAAUCUCAAGCCAUGUAUUUCCUUGGACUGCUGUCUCUGCUGGCUUUGCAAAGCGAAGCCUUCAAGACCAAUAUUCCUGAUGAAACCAUUGCUGAGCUGUCUGUGAACGUUUACAACCAGCUGCGAGCCACCAGGGAGGAUGAGAACAUCCUGUUCUCCCCUCUGAGCAUUGCCAUAGCCAUGGGCAUGGUGGAGCUGGGAGCCCAUGGAACCACCUUGAAGGAAAUCCGGCAUUCCAUGGGCUUUGACAGCUUGAAAAACGGUGAAGAGUUUGCCUUCCUGAAGGAGCUUUCUGACAUGGCAACUGCUGAAGAAAGUCACUACGUGCUGGACAUCGCCAACUCCCUCUACGUGCAGAAUGGGUUCCAUGUCAGUGACAAAUUCCUGCAGCUGGUGAAAAAAUACUUUAAAGCUGAAGUAGAGAAUGUAGAUUUCAGCCAAAGUGCAGCUGUUGCUACUCAGAUCAAUAAAUGGGUGGAAAAUCACACAAAUAGUAUGAUCAAAGAUUUUGUGUCUUCAAGAGACUUUGGUGCUCUAACUCAUUUGGCUCUCAUCAAUGCAAUCUACUUUAAAGGCAACUGGAAGUCACAGUUCAGGCCUGAAAAUACCAGAACUUUUUCUUUCACUAAAGAUGAUGAAAGUGAAGUGCAAAUUCCAAUGAUGUACCAGCAGGGAGAGUUCUACUAUGGAGAGUUCAGUGAUGGCUCCAAUGAAGCAGGAGGGAUCUACCAGGUCCUGGAAAUCCCCUACGAGGGGGAUGAGAUCAGCAUGAUGAUUGUCCUUUCCAGGCAGGAGGUCCCCCUGGCCACACUGGAGCCACUGGUCAAGGCCUCCUUGAUUAAUGAAUGGGCUAACUCUGUGAAGAAGCAAAAAGUGGAGGUGUAUUUGCCAAGGUUCACAGUAGAACAGGAAAUUGAUCUGAAGGAUGUCUGGAGAGGUCUGGGAAUUACAGAGCUGUUCAGCAGCAGUGCUGACCUCACUGCCAUGUCUGAUAACAAGGAACUUUACCUUGCAAAGGCAUUGCACAAGGCAUUUCUAGAAGUUAAUGAGGAAGGAUCAGAAGCUGCUGCUGCCUCAGGAAUGAUUGCCAUCAGCAGAAUGGCAGUGCUCUAUCCCCAGGUCAUAGUGGACCAUCCCUUCUUCUUUUUGGUCAGAAACAGAAGAACAGGUACCGUGUUGUUCAUGGGAAGGGUAAUGCACCCCGAGGCAAUGAAUUCCAGUGGCCAUGACUUCGAAAAGCUUUAACUGCCACCAGCUACCAGAAGGAGGAGAUAAGCACAUAAAGUUUGAAGUUAAUAUAUUUAAGUCCAAAGACUGACUUGAUCAAUGAGCCAGGAGCAGAAUGUGUGCAGCUCUGGAUAAUGCAAAUGGCAAAGCUUGGUGGGCAUUUCUAGAGCUGAAGAAGCCCCUGUGGACACUGUGAUCUCACCUGUCCCUGGCAGAGCAGGCACAUCACAGCCUGCGAUGCGCCGCUCGAGCAGAGAAAACUGAACAGACUGAGCCCAGUGGAUUUGAUUCUUGCCUGUGGUAGACUUUGUGUGAACUGUCCCACGUGAUUCUCAAGUGCUGCUUUUCUGGAUGCUCCUGCAUGUGGCUGCCACUGACCCCCUAAGUGUUGAUGCCAAUAAAACCCGAUCGAUCGCAUGGAUAUCCGAGACCUGUCAGUGUAGAAAGCUCUGUGUGUGACUGAAGUAAAGGAGUUCACUAGUAA